AUGAACAAGAACCACCCCCCCACCUCCAUCUUCCGUCUUCAUCCCAUCGAAACCGUCUUCCCUCUCUUCCCUCUCUUCUUCCCAUCACCUCGCCUCUUGCUCCAGGUGAAAUAUGACCCGCCCUUGGAGCUGGGUCCGGCGCCCACCGACUCCCUGGGCCGCAAGGGUGCCAAGCCGCUGAAGCCCAACUCGCUGAAGGCUCAGCUGUCUCGCAAGACGCAGCAGCCGCCAGCCGAAUCAAAACCCAACACCGACGACGUUUUGCAUGCGCUGCUGCCACCCCGCGAGUGGAUCGAAGAGGCGAAGCACUACCAGCAAUAUGUCAGCAACCAAGCGGCCACCCGACUGGAUGUGAUCCAGCUGCAGGAGGCCUUGGAUCAACGCCUGAUGGAGCGACAGGCCCGUGAGACGGGGAUCUGCCCCGUGCGCGAAGAGUUGUACUCCCAGUGUUUCGAUGAGCUCAUCCGCCAGGUCACCAUCAACUGCCCUGAGCGCGGCUUGUUGCUGCUGCGGGUGAGGGAUGAGAUCCGCAUGUCCAUUGCGGCCUAUCAGACGCUCUAUCAAAGCAGUGUCACCUUUGGCACCCGCAAGCAGCUGCAGUCCGAGCAGGGCAAGGCCGAGACCGAGCAGAUGAUUGCCGAGCACGAAGAGCAGAAGAAGCAGCGCGAGGCGCGGGGGGAGCGAAUGUACAUCGGACAAUGUACUGGUGGAGUCCGUUGGAGUCGGAUCUGGGAGUCAGGGGGAGCUGAUGUAUCACCAUCGGCAAAGGAGAACCAUGUUUCUUUUUGGAGGUGGGUGACUCGUUGGAGGUUUCAAACCAAGGGUUCAAUGCAAGGAGUCCAAGGGUGA